AUGACGGGAUACAAAAUCACAGCGGGCGACGUGGAGGCCGGGCCUCAGGACAGGAUGGAGGUCCUGGUGCAGAAGAAGUCGUCCACAGGGUGGCUGUGGAAGCUGCUGGCGGUGCUGCUCCUCCUGGCGCUUUCUGGAGGCGCCCGGCUCUACGUCUGGUACCAGCUGGAACGAUCAGAACCAACAACGCAGGCAGGAAACACAGCAGCACCGUUCAGAAUGGACUCUGAGGAGGCGGCAGGCGCUCGGUCCACACUGCAAGAAAUGAGCAAAAAAGCAAAGGCAGCCAUUCAUCUGGAAGGUCAUUACGAUGAAAGAGGCAACGCGACGGCCGUGGAGUGGCGCGACCGCGUGGGCCAGGCCUUCUCGCAGGGCAACUUCCGCCUCCAAGACAACCGGAUUGUCAUCCCGGAGAGCGGCCUGUACUUCGUCUACAGCCAGGCGUCCUUCCGGGUGUCCCGGUCCGGCGACCAGGAGGGCGAGUGGCGCCCGCCGACCCUCAGCCACCGCGUCCGCAGGAUGUCUCGGGCCGUGGGGACCCGGGUGUCCCUGCUGAGCGCCGUCAGGUCGGCCUGCCAGAGCGUCCAGGAGGACGGCGAGCGGUCGGGCCACGGCUGCUACAGCACCAUCUACCUGGGCGCCGUGUUCCAGCUGGACAGAGGAGACACGCUGGACACGGAGUCCAACCCGCUGAAGGAGCUGGACACGGACGAGGGGAAAACCUUCUUUGGCCUGUUCGCGCUCUGAGCCGCUGCUGUGAAACUAAGACUCUGAUCCUGGACAGGAUUUAAAAAGAAAAAUGAUGCACAUUUUUACACUUUGAUUCCGCCUGAAGGGGAUGUAGACAUGCUAACAUCUCCAUGGAGAUGGAACUAGACUUUAUGAACUGUAACAGUUUGAAACUUUAUCUCUGCUUUAGGCACUUUUUUUACUUUAUUUAUGUUGAUCUCAGAUUGUAAGACCAGACCUCUGCUGUAGCAGAUCACAGUGUAUUUCUCCACUAUUUACUUGUAUGUAUUUAUUUAUAUUUAUUGGUAUUUAAAUUUGUGGGAUUUUUGGUUUAAUAUUAUAUUUAAUAUGAAUAA